UACCGAUGGAUUAACAACAGUUACAAUAAUUGCAAAUAAUUUACAAGUUCAACAAUGGAUUGGUUUUGGUUUAUCACUCGAUGAUAAAAUGGGUGAUGAUCAUGUAUUUGUUUGCGAACAUUUAUCCAAUAAUACUAUCGAUAUGAAACGUAAAAUCAAUCCGGGUGGCUAUGUAAUUCCAUUGGAUGCACCAACAAAUUCAGGUGGAACAUUUACAAUUACACAAACAAAAUUUGAAAAUUCUGUUGUUACAUGUGAAUUUAUACUAUCAAAUUUUAUUACUAAUGAACAAGGAAAUAAUGGUCAAUCGACAAUUCCAACAUUAUCACAGACAGUUCAAUAUUAUCCACUUAUUGCAAUAGGAUACCUGGAUAGUUCAAAUUAUAUGGAAAAACAUUCGACUAAACAAGUAGAAAUUCAACUCGUAUCAUUAAACCGUCGAGAAAAAAUUAGUUAUAAUUUUAAUAUUUCUGAUAAAAAUUCAAAUUUAUUAAAAGCUCAUGGAUGUAUAAUGAUAAUUACGUGGAUAGUCAUUGUUUCAACUGGAAUUAUAGUAGCACGUUAUUUUAAAAAUAUCCCAUUAAUGUCGAAUACUAAUAAAAAUGUAUGUGGUGAAACUAUAUGGUUUGCAGUACAUCGUGGUUUGAUGUCAUCUGCAGCUAUUUUAACAAUAUUAGCAUUUUUAUUCAUUCUGAUAUAUAAACAAGGUAGUUGGGUUACAUAUGCAAAAAAUUCAAAAGAAUUUGAACAUUCAAUUAUUGGUAUUAUAAUUGUUUGUUUUGCAUUUUUACAACCUUUUAUAGCAUUAUUUCGUUGUCAUCCAGGAACACGUUAUCGUUUUAUAUACAAUUAUUUACAUGCAAUAGUUGGAUUUUCAGCAUUUCUUCUAUCAAUUGUUGCUAUAUUUUUAGCUGUCUUAUUUCCCUAUUUUAAUUUUCAAUCAAACCUUUGUUGGGGUAUCCUAACUGGUUGGACAUGUUGGAUUAUUACAAUAUUUAUCAUGUUUGAAUCCAAUGAAUAUUUUUUUCGAAUUAAUCAUAAACUUCAAACAUUUCCUUUGAGUGAUACUGCAACUGAAACAAUAACAUUCAGUGAAGAAGAGAAAGCAGCUGAAAGAACAACACUACGGAGAAAUUUAUCAAAAGAAAAAUUAAAAAUCGUGUUAUUAGUUUUACAUAUUUUAGUUGCCCUAGCUUUUUCCAUAACACUUGUAAUUACAAUUGGACAAAUAUCGAUUUAG